ACUGUUAAUGUACUAUAUGAUUGAAUGGAAUUGUCAAAGAAGUUAAGGAACAACUGGGUGUUAAGCAAUUUGAUUGUGUUUGUAUGGGUGGUUGUCUUUGUGUCGUGUUUUCUCGUCAUUUUUGUUUCAUUGCUUAAGCUUCCUGAUGUAUCACAACGUAAAGGAACGUUUGCGUCUCAUAGAGGUUUGAGAAAUAGAAAGGUGGUGAAAGAAGAUGAAAGUUUGGGUGAACUUGGGGAAAUGAUGAUUGGAAUGUUGCCUGCAGAUCUCGCUUUUACCGUAUUUGUUCCUUCUGUGAAAGCUUUCGCUAAUGAAUUGAAACUGCAAGUGAAUGAUAGUGUGGUUGGGUCAAAAGAUAGUGAUAAUACCUUUGCUAUACUCUCUCGUGUUUUAGCUUUCUCAGCCAUUCCAAGGAGUCUACUUUCUGUUAAUGUUCCGGUUGGAAAGGAGGUAAGUUUUGAUUCUAUAUCUGGAUUCACAUUAUAUAUUUCGAAAGACUCAGAUGGAAGUUUGGUUGUUAAUAGAGUUAGGUCGAAACGUCUUGAUCUUCGGAAAAGAGACAUGGUUGUACAUAUUAUGGAUGGGGUUAUCAUGGAUGCAGACUUUGAACAGUCGGUCCAACCUGAAAGUGAAGAUGACUGAAUUGAGCUAUCGUCUGUAUUAGAGAUGUGGGGAGUUACAGAUUUAACAGAGCAAAUAGAAACCUAGUGAAACUUUGUUUUCAGUUUAUUGAAGUUUGGGGUGACAAUCUGCUAGAUGGGCUUUUAUCCUCUUGGCUCCAACCUGGUGGUUGCAAUGUACGGUUCUUGCGAUAGAUCAUCAAUAGCCAUAUCUCAUAAGAAAUGAUGCUUUUUUCAGUAUCUUCACCUGUAACACUGAAACACUGUAUCUUUUGGAAAUAUAAAGCCUUCAUAAAUAUGAUUAUCUUGUUAGCUUUA